CUUAUUUUGUUUUUGCAGUUCUUUCGACCCGAGAUCGGAACCCAACCCAAACGGGCGCUCCUCUCCUCCCUCCACCCUCUCUCUCUCUGAACUUCGACAGUUUUUUUGGACCCUCUCUCUCUCUAUAGCGCUGGGAGUUGGACUGAAUUGAGGAGCUGAUGGGGAGACCUCCGAGUAACGGAGGGCCCGCCUUCCGCUUCAACCCGGCUGAGGUAGCGGAGAUGGAAGCUAUUCUGCAGGAACACAAUACUCAGGUGCCGACACGUGAAGUUCUCGUAGCUCUUGCUGAGAAGUUCAGUGCUACAGCAGAACGAUCCGGAAAGGUUGUCGUUCAAAUGAAACAAGUAUGGAAUUGGUUCCAAAAUAGGCGGUACGCUCUUAGGGCAAAAGCAGCCAAGGCUCCUGGUCCUGGAAAGUUAAGUGUAACACACACACCUCAGGAUGAUUCAUCUACAGUGAGAAAUGUGCCUCAAGCCCCUCAACCCGUACCUGCUCCUCCAGGAAGGACUGUUUCAGAUAAUUCUCAGUUGGAGUUUGAAGCUAAAUCUGCAAGGGAUGGUGCUUGGUAUGACAUUGCAACCUUUCUAUCUCAUAGAUAUCUUGAUACGAUUGAUCCGGAAGUUCUGGUUCGGUUUGCUGGUUUUGGAGCUGAGGAGGAUGAAUGGGUUAAUGUUCGCAAGCAUGUCAGACAGCGGUCUCUCCCAUGUGAAUCAUCAGAAUGUGUUGCAGUUCUCCCAGGAGAUCUAAUACUCUGUUUUCAGGAAGGCAAAGAGCAGGCUCUUUACUUUGAUGCCCAUGUUAUUGAUUCACAAAGACGGAGACAUGAUGUAAGAGGGUGCCGUUGUAGGUUUUUGGUGCGUUAUGAUCAUGAUCAGUCUGAGGAAAUUGUGCCUCUGAGAAAGGUUUGCCGACGGCCUGAAACUGAUUACAGGUUGCAGCAACUUCAUGCUGUAAACGAGUCAGCAUCUGUUAAGCAGCAUAAAAUUGAUGCGGAUCCUUAUAUAGGCAGCACUUUGAGGGUCUAUCCUCCAAUUGAAACAGCACAAAAGCAGCAGAAACAAGAGGAACAUGCACAGGUAGCAGCAGUCCCCCCUGCUUCUCAUGCAAAAUUUCCUUCAGCCACCGAAACUAAUGUUCUGCAACCAAAAAUUGCUGAGACUGAAAGUGUUGGUAAUGUGGCAAAUUCAAAUGUCCAAUCGGGUAAUGUUGUCACGAGGAAUACUAGUAAUGUGGCGGGUUCAUGUGUCCCACCAGGUAAUGUUGUCACGACGAAUACUAGUAAUGCGGCAGGUUCAUGCGUCCCUUCGGGUAAUGUUGUCACAACGAAUACUAGUAAAGUGGCCGGUUCAUGCGUCCCUCCUGGUAAUGUUGUCACAACAAAUACUAAUAAAGUGGCGGAUUCAUGCGGCCCUCCGGGUAAUGUUGUCACGACCAAUACUAGUAAUGCAGUGGGUUCAUGCGUUCCUCCGGGUAAUGUUGCCAUACCGAGUGCUUCUAAUGUAGCAAAUUCAAACAUCCCACUGGGAAAUGUUGUCAUGACAAGUACUAGCAAUGCGGCAAAUUCAAACGUCCCACCGGAUAAUGUUGUCAUGGUGAGUGGUACUGCUAGAAGCAACACCAUCAGCGGCUCUGAUGAAAAUAUGCCACUAGGAUAGUAAUUGGAGUUUGACAGCUUUUUCAUUUUCCCUAUUUAGAUGGGUAAAAUUUGAUUGUUGGAAACUAGUUGUGACUUUUCCUCAAAUUGCUGCAAGUCAUAUAUUAGUUUAGAAAAAGCUUGGAAUCAUAAGACUCAUGUUAUUGUUGUAUUUACCGGAUUCAAAAUUUCAUUUAUGUUACCAUGUUUUGUACGAUAACUAGCGUCAUUGACUCUGGAAUCUGGACUCAUCUUUGAUCAA